AUGCGCGCCCUCGCUGCGAUGCACAGGGUCAGCUGCGACUGCGUGAAGAUGCGGCCGGGCACGGGCGAACGUGGGGAGUACAUGGGCGGAUGUUCCAAGCGGGCUAUGGCGUCCAGGUGCGCAGAGGACUACACGUGGGAGAGGGCAUGCUCGCCGGGCUCUUUUCCCUCGGAGCGUGCAAGAGCGAUGUCCCACCUGUACGACAACGUGCAGCUGUGGGAGCACGUGAGCACGGUUGCUUUUGUGGAAAAUUACGCUGUAGACGUGGGCCUCGGCGAGGACAUGUCGAAGCCGUUCGAGACAUUCCAGAGGCAGAAGAAUUUGCGGCCGGAGGAUAUUUUUUUCAAGCUGAAUUGUGCUCAGCCAGUGGGAGAAUAUGGACGCCGAGGCCAGUCGAGCGCUCCCGACUGGGCGGCCGCCGAGCCAGCGGUGCCGCUGGCGGUGCCGCCGCUGGCGGGAGCGGCGCCGGGGCCCUUCGCGCAGAGCCCCUGUGCAGUUGGAGGUUGGCAGACAGGCCCGGGCAGCACAAGCAGCGCCUCCCAGAGCCAGUCUGCGUCGGCCAGCCGGAGGAACCGACGCCGAGGGAAGGCGUGUGUGAAGCCGCAGGAGCCCCCGGACCCGGGCUGCAUCACGACCGUGAUGGUCCGGAACUUGCCGGAGGACCUGCCUCAGCAGGACUUCAUGUCGGAGCUCGCCUCGACCUUCGGGGGUACGUACAACUUCGCUUACUUGCCAAGAGAUUUUUCAUCGAAUGAAUGCAAAGGGUAUGCUUUUGUGAACUUCGUGGACCCGGCGGAUGCCUCCCGCUUCCGCACCGCCUGGCACGAGGACGCUUUCUGA